UCAAAAAUAUAAAAUUAUUGAAGUAUAAACCAUGAGUGCAGAGGAACUCAAAAUUGAACGCAAGAAAUUAGACGAGCAAUUCAAGCAUCUCUAUUCAAGAGAGCAAGACCUUGACGACAGGAUUAAAGAUUUCGAACUUCAACAAGCCAGAGUGAAGAAAUUAAAAGACGAGUUAAAUAACAAAUAAGAAUGAAGUCAGUACCCUAAAUUCUGAGCUCAAAAUGAAGCAGAAAAUGCUUGUUACGAUGGACGACAAGAUAAAGCAAGUCGAAGGGCCUGCAGAAUUGGCAGACCAGAUUAUCCAGAAGACAAAGGAAAAUGAGGAGUACCAAAAGAAGGUAGAUGAGAUGCAAACAGAGCUCAAGAAAAAUGAAGAGGAAAAGAUACAGCACAAGGAGCAAAUCCAAGAGAUCCAGCAAAAACUCGAAGUGACAAAUUCUGAACAAGCCAAGGCCGAACGGGCCAAGGCUGAUGAAGCACUGGCUUCAAUGAAGGAAGAGCUGGAGCAAAAGGAGCAUAUAUUAGAACAAAAUGCUUCCGAACUACAAGAAAAAGACAAAAUAAUAUCAGACCUCAAUACUAAAAUAGAUGAUUUAUUCAAAGAAUACGAAGAAAAAUUCAAAGAAAAAGCAGUACGUGAGCAACAAGAAGCUGAGGAGAUCAGACAGGAAGAAGAGAAACUCAACAGCAAGAUCUCUGAGCUCAAAGAAAACUUACAGAAAGAGAUCAACAGCCGAGAAGAAAUUGAGGAUAAGCUAUCCCAGGCCAACACAGAGAUCGGUCGCAUGAAAACAACCAUGCAAAAAUUAGAAUCUGAUAUGCAAAUGGAGUCACUUGAAUUCAAGAACAAAAUGGAGAAGCAACGGAAAGAUUUCAUUGGAGAAUUCGAUCAACAGGAAAAUAAGAUAGAGCAACUUGAGACUGACAAAAGGGAACUCGCAAGGCAGUUAUCCAUCCUCAAGAAACUUCAGAGUAAUGUUGAAGAAGAGAGUAAAAACUUGGAAAACAAACUAAAAACUAUCCAGAAUCGAUAUGACUCACGCUUUGAAGAACAAGAGGAGAAGAUCCAAAAUCUGACUGUAGAAAAUACCCAAUACAGACACAAAAAUGAGUUACUCAAGAUAGACAUUACAGAUCUUGAAUUCAGGCUAAAACGGACCAAACAGGCAGAGAAAACUCUUGAAGUAUCACCCCAGAUCGAGCAGAUCCCUUCUAAGAUCCUCGAAGAGAGACUCGAAGCAGUAAAUGGAGAGUACAACGAACUUCUAAAAUCAGUUGAUAACUACAGUGCAAAGAUAGACCAACUUGGCCAGGAAAUCAUGCAACUGACCGAUGAUAAGAAGGAUGCAUUCAACCUUGUCGAAAAGAAAAGAGAGAAGAUCAGACUUGCUGAAAGAAGGAUCCAGGAUCUUGAGAGACAAAUAAAUACUAAGAAAAUGCAUUCCGACCUGACCGUUACUAAAGUUAGAAACGAAGCUGAGAAGAAGCUAAAGAAAGCUGUCUCACAUAAGGAAGGGGACCUUAGACUGUUCAAGCAGAAGGUCAAGAGUAGCGAGAUUCAGAUUAAAUCGAAGAAUAAGGAAAUCAAGUAUCUCAAGAAUAAAAUUGAGCGCCUUGAAAGAAUUCUUAAAGUUCAUAAACUUAAGGAAAACAUAAGCUCGAUGGUAGAUAAAACUUCUAUAAUUGAGAAAUGGAGAGAGGAGGAAUCCUGCAGACCAAAGGAGAGUACCAUGUCUGAUUCCAAUGAGAAAGAAGUAAGCCAGACCUCCUCCUCUGAAAAGAGGAUGAAUAUUCAUGUUAAAGAGCCAGAAUAUGCUCCUGAAGACCCAGUAAGACUUCCAAUGAUCAAGAAAAACACAAAUUUGAAGGACAUAUUAAACCAUGAUAUUUACAAAAAGAGUGAGAUUAAGACCCUAAGAACCAACAGCAGUGUGCCUGAGAUCACUUUUAGAAAGGAUGCUUCAAUGGAAAAAGAGAAGGAAAUUAGCAGAGAGAGUAGUAAAUACGCCUCUCUUCACACUCACUCAAGAAGCAACGCAUCGAUCUUCAAAGAAAGGUACGACAAGAACCUUGAGAACUACCUCAGCUCACUGGACUACAAGCGGUAUAAUCACAGAAAGAAUGCUUCCUCUGUCAUGGGAAUGCUGAUGUCGCCCAGCUUGUCAAAUUCCAAAAGGACAGAAUUAUAAUUUUCAACGCCUCCCAAAAAUGAG